UGCGCAGGCGCAGACGCAGCUCGUCGCUGUGAGGAGGAGGAGGAGGAGGCGGCAGCGGCCGCAGCCAUGGCGCUGAACAGGAAUCACUCCGAGGGCGGCGGCGUCAUCGUUAACAACAGCGAGAAUGUUUUGAUGACUUAUGAUCACGUAGAAUUUACCUUCAGUGACAUCGAGCCCAUGCCUGAUGCCUUCAAAGGGACCAAGAAAGGGAGUGUUUUCUUGACUCCCUACCGAGUUAUCUUUGUGUCGAAAGGGAAGGAUGCUCUGCAGUCUUUCAUGAUGCCCUUUUAUCUGUUGAAAGAUUGUGAGAUAAAGCAGCCUGUCUUUGGGGCAAAUUAUAUCAAGGGUACAGUGAAAGCAGAGGCAGGAGGUGGCUGGGAAGGAUCUGCCACGUUCAAGCUGACCUUUUCAGCUGGGGGUGCUAUCGAGUUUGGGCAGCGUAUGCUGCAGGUGGCAUCACAAGUCUCCAGAGGUGAAAUUCCCAACGGAGCUUAUGGCUACUCCUAUAUGCCAAAUGGAUCCUAUGCUUUCGCACCGCCUGCAGCCAAUGGGGGCUAUCCCUACCCACCACCUCCUCCUGAGUUUUAUCCUGGACCUCCACCUGGGGACAUGGGUUACAUGCAGCUUCCACCCCCACCCUACCCAGGGCCCAUGGAACCCCCUGUCAGUGGUCCAGACCUGCCCUCCACUCCUGCAGCUGAAGCGAAGGCUGCUGAAGCUGCUGCCAGUGCUUACUACAGCCCUGUCAACCCACACAAUGUCUACAUGCCCACGGACCAGCCACCCCCUCCUCCAUAUUUCCCACCAGAGGACAAGAAAAACCAAUAAACAAACACAGAAGUCCUUCUCCACAACUCAUUGCUUCCUUUCCAUUUUGGCAGAAUCCUGGGGCACGGUCCAUAGCACUGAGUAGAGCCUUCCCCCGAGGCAACGUAGCUUUCAGGGACUCUAGUGGUAGAUCUGUGCAGAGCGAGGGGAAAGAUCUCAGCAGCUUGGGUCACCUCACAGAGCUCUGAGGGUUUGCUGUGCUGCCGAGGUGUUCCUCUCUCCCUCUGCACAGCACUGCUGGAACUGGAGGUUCUCUUCAUCUCUUAAUUACAUCUCUUUCUUUGGAAUACUGAAAUUUGACCUCUUCAAAGUAAGCAGCUGCUCCAAACUGACAAUUAACGUGCUUAUAACCUGGAAACAGAGCUCUUGGAGGGGGGGUAGAGGGUGACUUGGAUUUAACUUAGUGUGCAGCCAAGAGCAUCUCUGGGCACAGGUCUUUGGGUAUUCCUCUCAACCCAGAGGAGUACAUCCAAGUUUUCCCUUUGCUGCUGAGAAAGGGCUUCAGAGGGAACCUUUGGCACCUCAAAGGCAAUGUGUAUCAGUUACAUUUUCCACAUCUCUACUAAGCUUUCUUGGGUUUGGAUUUUUUUAGCUGUAGCUUUUCUGACACUCUUAGUGAAUAACCUGGUGGCCCUCCAAAUUUUCUUGCUGACCAGCUCCCCUUAAGGAAACACACCUCUCUGUAGCAUCUUAUUAGUGCUAAUAGAAGGAUCUAAUUAGUUACAGGUCAUAUGAGAAUGCUAAUCACAGAAUUGUCAGGAUUUGGAGGGACCUCAAGGUUCAUUUAGUUCUUAUUCUCUGUUGUCUCUCUUUUCCAGUUAGAGAUGUGGGCUUGAGGUCACCAAGUCCUGCUUAUUCCCUUUCUAUAAUGCACUUUUUUUAUCUCUGCUGUCACACAAGUUAACACUUUUUGGCCAGUGAAGCAUCUUAAUGCUGUGAUGUAACCAGUGAACUAAUAGUUAAUGGGGAGAAGACAUAGCUGCUGUCCUGCUGCCCUGAAAGCACUUGAGAGAACAUGCAGAAGGUAGGAAGGAACAAGCUGUUGGUACGUCUGGGCUGCCUCUGUGAACGUUGUUGAGUGUUGUUGGUGUUCCUGGGCCAGCUGUGAAUUUACUUCCCAGCAGCUUGAAGGAGGUUUUCCUGCCUGCACUGAUUCAUUGAUUUCAUUAGCAAUGGCUCCAGCACGCAGAAGCUCUGCAGGGCUGAGCAGAAUCCGGGCUGUAAAACUUGAUGUUGUACAAGGCUUUGCACAAAAGGGACUUUGCUGACUUCUGAACAGCUCUGAGAUCCAAAAUCCUUCCCAGCAAGUGUGAGGAGGGAUCGUGUGCUAGGGAACUGCUGAGAUUUGCUGCAUGCAGCCUGCUUGGAGAGAAAAAAAAAUCCCCACCUCCUCUUUGAUUUGUGUUUUGAGUCCAGCUGAUUAAUCAAACUACUGCUGUCUGUGCAAUGACUUUUCUAGGAUUGCUCCUGCAGUGAUGUAAAGAAAUGGUUAUUUUAAAAAGAUAUAUUUAUUUUGGAGAUGUUUGAUUAAUAUAUUCAUGUCAGAUGACCUCUUGAAUGCAGAUUUGUUUUGCCAAGACUGUGAAGUAAAGAGAAAUCAGCUUGAAAA